AUGAAAGAAAAGGAAGAGAAAAUAGAGAUGACAGUGAAAGAAAUAGCGAAACAAGACAAGAUAGAAAAAGACGAAGGAAAUAACAAAGUAAACAAAAGUAAAAGAAAGAAAAAAAUGCGAGAGAAAGAAAAACAGGAAAGAGAAGAAGAAGAAAUAAAGAGAAAGAA